AUGGCCCACACGAAGCCGACGCCACGCAAGUCGACUGGUGGUCGAGCACCGCGCAAGACGCUCGGUAGAGUCAACGGCGACAACGUCGUGGAAGACCCCAACAUCGAUGAUGACACCGCUCAGAAGCUCAAGGAGAUUGAAGAGCUUGAGACUAUGCAAGCUUCACUGAAGCACAUUACCAAGAAGUGGACAGAGCAGAAUCAAGCUUACUAUGCGGAGACUGUCGAUGAGGAGAUUCCAGAUCAAGUGAAUUGGUGGAGCAAGUUCGCGCUCUGUCUGGUCAAGCACAUGGAUAGCGGCAAUACCCGAGUCCAGAAGACCUCUCUCCAAGUCAACUCGCAACACCUCAAGGAUAUCCUCAAGGACACCAUCAGCCAAUUCCCCGGCGUAUCCUUCCAAACCAAGGACAUCACCAUCGAUGCUCCCUAUCGAGUUCUAUUCCACUACAAAGACGAAUUGGCGCAAGCAGGUGAAAACCUCGAGGAUGAAGAAGCCAUUGCUCAUCUAAACUUACUUCUCGAUUUCAUCGACGAGCACUUCAAAGAAACGAUUGAAGAGUCGGACAAUUUGAAAGAGCAAGGCCUGAUGUCGUAUGAAUAUCUCUGGACAAUCUUCCGCCCCGGCAUGACAAUCUACGCUCCCAUAUUCGGCCAACCCAGAGCUUUCACCCUAACCAACUACGCACACCAGUGUGAUCCAGCAGGACUUCAACUGUGGAUUGAAUUUGUGGACUUUGAUGGCGAAGAUUUGGGCGACCGAUCCACGAACCGUCUGGUACCCGCAUUCUCGGGCGCCGUGGCCAUCAACAGUCUAUGUGCAUAUCCCAUUCAAUACCAUGCGGAUCCAGAAGCUCUUCGUCGUCAAUUGAUUGACCGUGGCAGACGGAUGGAGUCAUAUGCCGGCAUGCACUUUUGCCGCUACAAUGGAAUCGCGCUCGAGCAGACGCAAUUUGGUUUCGAGAGAUAUAACGUUGAAGGUCGCGUGGUGGUCGAUACCAAGACCUUUCACCGUUUGAAUGCCAAUUACGCUUUCAACCUGCGUCCAUUCAAGACGGAGGGCAAGAAGCAGAAGAUUCGUCGACGUAAUUAUGAUGAUUACAAUGACUAUGAUGAAGGGAAUGAUGGUGAUGAAGAUCUCGACCUGGUCCCGGAGGAGAGGUUGGAAUUGGACCCACUAACAGACGAUCAAUGCCUAUUGGCCACCGCCACGGUUCGUGGAUUCUCCUUUAGUGAGAAGCGAUGGCUGGACUUCUUCGUCGACAAGCUCAACAGUCCGGAUUGGAACUCUGACUGCUUCAAGCAGCUCGUCCUACCAGAAACACAGAAAGAUCUCGUACAAGCUCUAGUUGCCAACCACACUCAGAAGCGUAAUGGAUUCGAUGAUAUCGUCAAGGGUAAAGGCAAAGGUCUCAUCCUAGUUCUACACGGUCCGCCUGGUGUUGGAAAAACUUUGACUGCUGAAACAGUGGCAGAGUACUGCAAGCGACCUCUCUACAUGGUCUCGAGYGGAGACUUGGGGACUGAUGCCUCGACGCUGGACAACAAACUUUCUCGCAUUCUGGACAUGGCUUCUACCUGGCGUGCCGUUCUGCUGAUCGAUGAAGCCGACAUUUUCCUGGAACGUCGCUCUCUGCAUGAUAUGCAGCGCAACAGUCUCGUGAGYAUCUUCUUGCGAGUAUUGGAGUACUACGAAGGAAUCCUCUUCUUGACUUCCAACCGCGUCGCCACUUUCGACGACGCUUUCAAGUCGAGAAUUCACGUGCCGUUAAAAUAUUCCUCCCUGACAAUGCAGAGUCGCAAGCAAGUGUGGCAGAAUUUCCUGGGGAAAAUGAUGGUCGAUGAUGAGGGUGUGGAGAUUGAUGAUGAGGGUUAUGAUAGUCUUGCCCAGGCUGAUAUCAAUGGCAGACAGAUUAAAAAUGUCAUUCGGACGGCGAAGUCUUUGGCGCAGUUUCAUGGUCAGAAGCUGGAUCGGCAGAAACUUGAGCAGGUUAUUCAAAUUCAGAUGGAAUUUGAGAGGGACCUUGAUCUUGAGGCUGGCGGGGAGGGUGUUGAUGGUCUGGCGAAUGGGCGCUAG